AUGAGUACUUUUGGUAGUCCCGGCCCUUUGCCGACCACUAAGCCUACGCCACCGCAGCGUGGAAGCUUUCCUCUUGAUCAUGAUGGCGAGUGCAAAACUGUCAUGACAAAAUACCUUUCAUGCAUGAAAAAGGUGCGAGGCAUGAAUGACGACGAAUGCCGCGACCUAGCAAAAGCAUAUCUUUCAUGCAGAAUGGACAGAAACCUGAUGGCCAGGGACGAUUUCAAGAACCUUGGCUUUGCACAAUCUCCACCGCCUUCGACUGAAAAGGCAGCGCCUUCAACUGAAAAGGGUGUCAAGGAAUGA